UCCGUCUGAUCGAAUCGUUCGAGUAGUUUGAUUCGAUCCAAUGUCGUCCAUAUCGUCGAAAUUUGCUCUCAAGGAUUUCAAGCUGAGAACGUGCGACGCUUUCUUCAGGCCAGCUGCUUCUUUAUCUGCAAGGAGGCUGCAGUCUCAUCUGGACUUCAUAGGUGAACUUUCUGUGCCUGAGAAUGUAAGGUGCUGUGCGAUCCAAAGCAAGACAUGGAGUCCCAUCGUUGUGAAACCUUCUUCUUCGAUAAUUCAAACAUCAAGGAACUCCAAAGUUUUCUGCAAGGCUGCAACAAAUUUAUCUGGAGAUCUUCCUAGUAGUACUCCUAGUGGGAUGAACCUGUACGAGAAAAUAAUCGAAACUUUGACAACUCUAUUUCCUGUGUGGGUCAUAUUGGGCACCAUCCUUGGGAUCUACAAGCCAGCUGCGGUAACUUGGUUGCAGACAGACCUUUUCACGCUUGGCCUUGGUUUCCUCAUGCUUUCUAUGGGGUUGACAUUGACCUUUGAGGACUUUAGACGAUGUUUGCGUAAUCCUUGGACAGUGGGUGUAGGUUUUCUUGCACAGUACAUGAUCAAACCCCUACUAGGUUUUGUUAUUGCCUUGACUCUCAAACUUUCUGCACCUAUUGCGACUGGUCUUAUCUUGGUCUCGUGCUGUCCUGGUGGUCAGGCAUCAAAUGUUGCAACUUAUAUCUCUAAGGGAAACGUAGCGCUUUCUGUUCUCAUGACAACGUGUUCAACAAUAGGAGCUAUUAUUAUGACACCACUUCUUACCAAGCUUCUUGCUGGCCAGCUUGUUCCAGUUGAUGCUGCGGGCCUGGCUCUCAGCACUUUCCAGGUUGUUUUAAUGCCAACAAUUGUAGGAGUACUGGCAAAUGAGUUCUUCCCCAAAUUCACUUCAAAAAUAGCUGCGGUGACACCUUUAAUUGGAGUACUGCUCACCACUCUACUCUGUGCCAGCCCGAUUGGGCAAGUUUCUGAAGUCUUGAAAACACAAGGAGCGCAACUGAUACUCCCAGUGGCUAUUCUGCACAGUGCUGCAUUUUGUAUUGGUUACUGGAUUUCGAAGUUAUCAUUUGGUGAAUCUACAUCUCGUACCAUAUCCAUAGAGUGUGGGAUGCAGAGCUCAGCACUUGGAUUUUUACUUGCUCAAAAACAUUUUACAAACCCUCUUGUUGCCGUCCCUUCUGCUGUCAGCGUUGUUUGCAUGGCGCUUGGUGGGAGUGCUCUUGCUGUCUUCUGGAGAAACAGACCAAUUCCAAUCGACGACAAGGAUGAUUUCAAGGAAUGAGAAACUUGGCCUCCCUUUUUGUCUGGGUAUUUUUUUACUUAAAAAUUACUUGUUAGAGUUGGUUUAACUUUUUAUUACCAAGUUAUAUGUGCAUUAGAUAUCAGUUUUAUGUCAAGUUUUAUUACCAUUAACGCUAAUAACACGAAGCUUGUCGCUCAAGUUGUCAAACGUUUACCAUUGCGCUGAGAUCCUGUGUUCGAAUCUCUUCUCUUCUUCUAUCAAGAAAAGGGCUUCACAUGCAUAUUGGAGAAGUGCUUGAAUUCAACCA